UAAAAAGUGAAAGUUUAACAGUGCACAUUUCUCUGUAACUAAUGUCUAAUGCCCGUGUUUUAAUAUUCAAGACUGAUAACGUAUUACCCUUGGUGUGAUAUUAAAAUGAUAGGAGAGGGGUAUUUAAUUUAGAAUGUAAACUGAUCUAAAUUCGGCAAUAUGUAUCCGUUCACGAUAUUGUGCUUUUCGCUUGUGAUUUUCGGAAUAUCGUCUGCUGCAAGUUAUCAUGGAACAAGGGAGAAAAGAUUUAUAGAUGACGACGGCCUGAUUCCAAAACAUGGAUGUAAGCAGACGAUUAAUGCGACCGAAGAUGGUUUUAUUUUGUCGCCUUAUUUUGGCGUCUCAAAUUACCCGCCAGAUUUAAUUUGUACAUGGACGCUGCAGGCGCUAGAUGGAGAAGUUAUUCGGCUGCAAUUCAACACGUUCAGGCUUGAAAAUACAAGACGGUGUUCGAGAGAUUAUCUGCGGGUAUUUGAUGGCGUUGAUGCGUUUGCAACUGUUCUAAGUAAUAUAUGUGGGGACUAUAUACCCUCUGAUGUCAUGUCGACAGGAAAUCAAAUGUUGCUCAUGUUCCGAACAGAUUCAGCCAAUGAGUAUGAAGGAUUCAACAUAACUUAUACAACAGAAGUUAAAACAGUAACAGUGGAAGAAAUAAAAGUAGCUGGUUGUAAUGGUGAAGUUGAGAUACUGAAUGGAUCACGUGGGUUUAUUUCAUCUCCGGGAUAUGAUGGUCACAGUCGGUAUAAGCCAGAUUUAGAAUGUAAUUGGUUGAUAAAAGCGCCCCCUGGAAACAUCAUUAGGCUUAUGUUUGAAGACUUUUUGACGGAGAGAAUCGAUGGUUGCUUGUAUGACUAUGUGGCUAUUUAUGAUGGCAACAGUAACUCAUCCACUAAGAUAGCACAGAUGUGUGGAUUCUUGUUUCCAGAUGAUCUGUAUUCAACCGGGUCUUCAUUGUUGAUAAAGUUCAACUCGGACGCGGACGUGGGAGGGCUCGGGUUUAACCUGACGUAUCAAGUCAUGCCAAAAUCCGAAGCCUGUAACAUGUUUCGAUGUGGAGAUGGCAGCUGUAUUUUCUAUGAAUUUAUGUGCAACAAUCGAACAGAGUGCCCGGACAAUUCGGACGAAGCUGUUUGUGAAGAUGGUCACUGUGGUCGCCCAGCAAUUCCUCCUAUAGAAUCAAAUACGAAAAUAGUCGGUGGACGGAUGGCGCU